CAACAUCGUUCUCAAAGUUAGGUUAAACUUGUUUUGGAUAAAAAAAAUGUACUUUUUUACUUAUACACUUUAAAGAUAUAAGGAACCAAUAUCAGUUUAAACGUGUUGAAAGCUCAUAUUGCUAUGUACGUUUAAGUCUUAAUUAGUGAUCUAGUGGAAUUAUUAACUGGAAGAAUGGGUUGCAAGCAGUCGAAAGCCGUUCGUGUUCAGCCCGUCGGGGCGGCGGAACUUAGUGGGGUAAAACUGAAGCCGUCGGCAAGCGAUGCCGGCAUUGAAGCCGACAUUAACGAAAGACGGCGUUCCGGGAACGUGAAGCGUAGUAAAUCCAGUAGAAGCCGGAAUUCCAUGGGAUCCUGCGAAUCCAUAGACGAUGAACUAGACGGAUCUGACAGGUAUGGAUCGGCUGGAUCCAAGAAGAGUCAUGACUCUGGACUCGGGGAUCUCGGGGACGGCGAGUACAAUCAUGGUUUCAUCACCGAGCACUCCGACCCCGACAAAGUCAAACAGAUUGAAAGUGAAUUUAAAGCAAGAGAUGAUUUAGAACUUGGCAUAACUGGAGUCGCCCUAAACACAAGAAAUAGUGCUAAAGAUAAAGCCAGGUUGGAAGAGUCCAUGAUUCUUCAGAAACUUCGCGAAGAGGGGCUGAUCAGCAAGCCAGCAGUCGAGAAGACGGGCGCGGUCUCGUUCGAUAUCGUCGAAGUAAACACGAGCAACAAGCUGAAGUCACUUCCUCCGGUAAGACUGGCGAAGCUUGAACGGCGGCGCAAGAAGAAGCGCGUGCUGACGGACGAGGAGAUACAGCAGAAGUUGGAGCGCGCGGAGGAGAGACGCAAGCGCAAGGAGAAGGAUCGCCUCGAGAAGAUCAAAGAUAUGGACCGGGCUGACCUACCGGCGGCGCUCGAGUCAUUCGCAGACUACCAGAAGAAGAAGGAAGAAGACGCCGUCAAGAAAAUGGAGAGCGUCACCGACAACAAGGAGCGGCGCCUGCGGGAGAUCAAGGAGAAGCAACUGGAACGCGAGCGGAAGCGGGAGGAUGUGCGGCGCCGCCGGAAGGAGAGACUCGAGAUGGAGGCGAUACAAGCAGCUAACGGGGAAAUUGUGAUGGACACUGCCGAGCUCCUGCAAAAUAAGCGCGAGCUGACGCCGGAUGUUCCGGAAUGAGAUUAGUGAUAAGUAAUAGGAAUUUAUGAAGAUGGAAGAUAGUUUGUAUAUAUCUUGCCGAAACAGCUGUGCUUCAAUAUGGACGGAUUCAGUUUUACCCUGGACCCUGUUGGAAUAUAAUUUUAAAUUGUAUAUAGCAGAUUUGAGUUGAUACGAAUCUCAAUUCUUAUUGUCAAACUACGGUAUUUUUUAUGUAUUCAAAGCAGCCGUGACACAAAGAACAUUAAAUAUCGGUAUGCUUUGUUUUAAUGUUUUCUGUGUGUGACAUAAUUUCGAUGGCUCUUUUAAAAAGUCGAACGAGAUGGCACUAGCUUGGGUACAUUCUUAGAAUUAGUUUGUUUGAACCCAAUAAUCAAUACAGCACACAUUUACAUAGUAGAGGAUAGAAUUCGAUUGCAUACAUUGAAAAUGUAUGCUAAAUUUAAAUGAUAAAUGGUAGAAGUUGACUGCAUAUAUUGUAAAUGUAUUUUUAAAUAUAGCAGUAAACCUUUAAAGGUGCUUGGGAAUAGACUUGAUGCCACAAAGUGUUGAAAGGACGAUACACUUAUACAUCAGUGCCCGGGGUCCGGUCACAUUUGAAGUGGAUUGUAUAUCAGAAUUAUAAACCAUGUACGUAUUUUAAUAUUAUGCAAAAAUACAAUGAAAUCAGCUAAUUCUUCCUCUUUUUCUAGAAAAUACAUGCACAUAUGUCUUAUAUAUGGAUAUUUGAAUAACAUCGUGUAUGUCAUCUCUUGUAUGUAUUCUCCGAAACAUUGUACUCAAUGACAACUAUUCAGAACAAAUGAAAUUAACUGAAUUUUAAGAAUUCAAGAGUUAAUCACAUUUGUUUACUAGUUGGUAAAUGUUGAAUAAUACGAUGCAGUGUGUAUGGCUUGUUUUGAACGUUGUCUCAGGAUUUAUAGAUUUGCAUUUUCACGCUGCUUUUAUGUGUUACACUUGUUAGAACUGUCGCUAUACCAUGAUAUAUCAUAUUAUAUGUUGCUGUCACAGUGUGUGUUCCUUUGUUAAGUGAUAUAUUUAAAAUACCACAUGCUUUGGACAGUGUCAUAAUUUUAUAUCGCAUUUUUUGUAAAGUGUUACAUUUUAUUUAAUGUCACCAUAUGUUAUUAACUCGAUUUAUAUAUAAAACUAUAUAUAUAAACUUUUAAAAUUAUACUUAAUAUUUGAUUCACCUCAAAGAAAACGAAAAUACUCAACGAUUUAUAUUAAAUAUAAAAACUUAUAAUUAUUUAAAGCCCUGAAAAUGAAAACAUGAUCGCAACCGAAGGCUUUGUUUACAAUAGCUGUUUUCACUUUAUUGUAUUGUUUGUUUUUUUAUUUGAAAAUAGUUUCAAACAGCGAUCGCAGUUAUAGACCAAAGGUCUUGUACUAUUGCCAAGUCGUUACUUGGCGGGAUUUACUUUCAGUUUAUUUUUCCGAUAAACAAAUCUUACUUGUCAUGACAAACUAUGAACAAUAGAAACGCAUGUUUAAGCACAUGUUUUACAUGUAUUGUACCUCAUGAUUUUCAGACACGUAGUGUUCGCUUACAACCCGAUUGUUUUAUUGUUGUUGUUUGUUGUGUAUUUUCUUUUACAGUAAAAAAAGGAUUCAGCUAAGGUAAAAAAAACUUGAAGCAUUAAGAAACACAUUCGUUGAAGAAUUGUGUAUAAGUAAAGGCCACUAACAAUGACAUAAUAUUGUACAGUGUCAAUUUGUUUAUGAAAUUUAAGGGUUAUGGGAAAAUUGGUUAAACUGUACUAAAAGUGGUGAAAUAUAUUUUUACCGUAUUCCUUCUAUUAAUGUUAUUUAAGUGGAAUACUUUUACAUUUAAUAUGUAUUAAUUUAACUUUAAAUACAUACUAUUUUGAAAAGCCGUUUCAACUGCGAUAUUUCCUUCAUAAUUAGUUCAUAUCUUAUUCAAGGUAACCUUUUGUGGGUAUAUCCAAUCAUGUAAUUAAUUAAGCAGCCCCCCUUCUGCAUAUUUUAACGACAAACCAAUUAACUGUUCAGUUAACCCGCGUUUGGUAAAUAAUAGAUACAUGUAUGCGGCUAUUAUACCAGGCUACUGAAUACAUAAACAAAUUAGGAAUGAACGCCACAGGAAAUAUAAAACCUGGCUAAUUAACACAUAUAUUGUUUCUGCAUUUGAUUAUACUUACAAAGAGAUUUUGAAUGAUUUACUGUUAGCUCACUGACCAAUAUAUGUUGUAUAUUUCAGUGUUAGCUCAUUGACCAAUAUAUGUUGUAUAUUUCAGUGUUAGCUCAUUGACCAAUAUAUGUUGUAUAUUACAGGUGAUUUACUGUUAGCUCAUUGACCAAUAUAUGUUGUAUAUUUCAGUCGAUAUCAGUUUAUGCUCGCACUAAAUCCAUAACAGUAUUCAAUUUCAAUGUAAACCAGUAGCCUAGUUUCCGAGUCUGCAUCAAGUAUUAUGUAUGUUGUAUCUUGAACGAUAUGUUAAAUAAAAACAAACCAUAUUGUUGUAUAUAGAUUUUUUCUAUUAAAUUCUAGGGCUUGAUCAGUAGAAAAUCAGUAUUAUAGAUAUGUCAUUAUAAUAUAGUUCAAAGGACUUUAUUAUUUAUUAUUCAUAGUUGUUUUUAUUAUUCGUAGUUGUUAUACUUUUUUUUAAAGUACACUAGCAUGGAUAUUGAAACAUGUAUGUGUAAAAUAUUAUCAAUGCAUAUACAACGUGUAUUUUGUUUAUGACUUCAUGAUGCUUUUGUUAUUGAUGUAUAUGUAAAAAGGUUAUAUUUAUUUAUUUGUUGCAAAAGUGAUAGCAGAGUUUAUUAGCUUACUAGUUGUAAAGAAAGUCAUGAAUCAUAAAUAUAUUUAUGCGUCAUUAAAAUAUGUGAUAGCAUA